CUGGGGAACAGGACUGCUAGCAGGAAAGAUGGGGGAGCCAGAGUCCCCAUCCCCUCCAGCCGCCAAGGCUGCCCCAGGCCUCCCUGACAGCUGCUCUGAGAUGAACAACUACCGGCGGGCCAUGCAGAAGAUGGCAGAGGACAUCCUGUUGCUGCGGAAACAGACCAGUGUCCUGGAGGCAGAGAACCGCAUGCUGAGGAGCCAGCUGACCCAGGAGGAGGUAGAAGAGGAGCUGGACAGCACCAACAGAGCCCAGAACCUGGCGUCCAUGGAGCAGAAAUUGCUGCUGAGUGAGCUGGACAUGAAGAAGCUGAGGGACAAGGUGCAGCAUUUGCAGAAUGAGCUGAUUCGAAAGAACGAUCGAGAAAAGGAGCUGCUCCUCCUGCACCAGUCUCAGCAGCCGCAGGCAGCGCUGCUGAAGCGGUACCAGGACAAGCUGCAGAAGAUGAAGGCGCUGGAGGAGACCGUGAGGCACCAGGAGAAGGUGAUCGAGAAGAUGGAGCGGGUGCUGGAGGACAAGCUGCGGGAGAGGAACGAGCCCCUGCAGAACAAACUGCAGGGAAAGCCCAACGUGGCCUUCCCCAUGCUCUCAGCCUCUGGCCUUCCCCCGGGUGCUACGGGAGAGAAUCUGCCUGUUGACCUUUACUCAGUGCUGCUGGCGGAAAACUCGAGGCUGCGGGCUGAGCUGGACAAGAACCACCACCAGUCAGCCCCCAUCAUUCUGCAGCAGCAGGCCCUGCCGGUGGACCCUGGGGAGUUGGGAGCAAGAGGAGACCUGGCAGAGAGGCUGCAAGAGACAGAUGGCCUGGGCCACUCCAAGGGCACCCCGCCCACACAGGAUCUCCUUGCCAAUAAUUCAGACAAGUUUAACCUCCUGGCCAAGCUGGAACGAGCUCAGAGCCGGAUUCUUUCCCUGGAAAGCCAGUUAGAGGACUCAGCUCGUCGCUGGGGACGAGAGAAGCAGGACCUGGCCACACGGCUGCAGGAGCAAGAGUAUGGCUUGAGGCACCCUUCCAACAUGAUCGUCACAGAUGUGCCCAACCCCUCCACCCUCUCCAAGGACCAAAGGCGACCCUCCGAGCUGGACCCCUUGAUGCCCAGCUCAGAGACUAAGCUCAGCAAGCUCUCGAAAUCCCAGCAGACUGAGUCCUAGCAGAGCUCAGUCCUGGAGCAGGCCUCCCUCUCUGUAUGCUGACGAGUCUCAGCCCCACUCUCUGGAAUGAUUUUAUUAAAUGCUGUAGGUCAGUGA